UAAAUUUUAAGCAGUUUUCUGAUGUAAGAAGCCUUCGUACAUACUUGCCUACUAUAUAAGUAUAAAUAAUAACACCAGAUUAAGAACAUUCCCAAAAUAUUCCUUACGUCAGGAGUGACUGAAACUCUCAAGUCACUCCGUCUUUGACGACCUAAUUAGUUAGCAGCGAAGGUCUUCUAUGACCCUCGCGCCACAACAAAAUGCAGAUGACAGCUGCCUCAUAAAUCAAACUGUCCCGGCAGCGGCCCAGGGGGUCCUGGUGCCUCUGCCGGAGCAACUUGACGAAAAGAGUCAACUCAACUCAGAAACCCAAACCCAAACCAUUCCUAGGUCUGGUGAAGAACGCGCGAACCAGAUGGAGCAUCCCCCUCCCGUCGCGAAUCCCGUCUUGCAACCAUCGUGCGAAAGCGACGACGACGAUGAGGAGUCCGACUUCCCGGAAGGCGGGCUGAGGGCCUGGCUCGUCGUCCUCGGCUCCUUCUGCUCCAUGGUCUCGGUGUACGGCAUCAUCAACGUCGCCGCCGUCUUCGAGUCGUACUUCUCCACACACCAGCUCGUCGGCUACAGCUCCUCGACCAUUGGCUGGAUCUUCAGCGUGUACCUAUUCAUCGUCUUCUUUUUCGGAAUCCAGGUCGGCCCCAUCUUCGACCGCUACGGGCCUAGGUAUUUGAUCGCCGUUGGCAGCGUGAUGUGCGUUGCGAGCCAAAUGCUGCUAGGGCUAUGCGAGGAGUACUACCAAAUCCUCCUAACCUACUCCGUCCUCGGCGGCCUCGGCGGCGCGCUCCUCAACGUGCCCGCCUACGGCGUGAUCGCGCACUUCUUCAAGGCGCGGCGCGGCCUCGCGACCGGCAUCGCCGCGACCUCGGGGUCCGUCGGCGGCGUCGCCUUCCCGCUGUUCCUGCAGGCCGUGAUCCCGCGCCUCGGCUUCGCCUGGGCGACGCGCCUCAUCGGCUUCAUGCUGCUCUUCCUCGCGCUGGUCUCCAACCUGCUCGUGCGCUCGCGCCUGCCGCCCAGCCCGCGCCCGCUGCGCGUGAGCCCCGACUGGUCCCUCUUCCGCGACCUCAAGUUCGCCCUCUGCUGCGCCGGCGUCUGGUUCAUGGAGUGGGGCAUCUUCACCCCGCUCACCUACAUCGUCUCCUACGCGAGCGCCCACGGCCAGGACUCGCGCGACGCGUACACCCUGCUCGCCCUCCUCAGCGCCGGAUCCUUCUUCGGCCGCUUCUUGCCCGGCUUCUGGGCCGACCGCUUCGGCCGCUUCAACGUCAUCACGCUGACGAAUGCGCUGUGCGUCGUCACCGUGCUCGCCUUCUGGCUGCCGGCCGGCGACUCGCGACCCUUGCUGAUUACGUUCGCGUUGACCUUCGGCUUCGCUUCCGGCAGCAACCUAGGCCUGUACCCCGUGUGCAUCGGCCAGUUAUGCGAGGCUAGGGAGUAUGGUCGCUUCUUCUCGACCGCCAUGAUGGUCGGCAGUUUCGGCACCCUGUCUAGUCUGCCCAUCGCUGGCGCACUGCUGGGCCUUGGGAGUAACGAGGAGCAGGGCUGGCUAGCGGUGAUCCUCUUCACGGCACUGUCGUACGCUAUUGCCAUGAGCUGCUUCCUUGGGGCCAGGGUGUUGGCGGUUAGCUGGGGAGUGACAAAGGUGUAUUGAGUAACUACGUCUAAAUAUUGGCGUCGUUUAAGGGAAGGGGGCGUGUAUUGUUGUCUUACGCGGGUGGGGUAGGAGAAAAUGUUGAUGAGAAGGGGUAGUAAGUAAAGGUGUAGUGUAAAGGGGUUGGUCGAUUUUUAAGGGGUAUUGGUGGUUAAGAUGUAGUAAAUAGUGAUUGGGGACGGCGGUGAUUAAAAUCGUAUAUGUAUGACAAGAUAACAUGAGACGGAGAGCUCUCAUGCUGAGGUCGUGAUGCCGUACACGUAUUAGAUCUAACCUAUAUAUAUACCUGUUC